CCGCACUCGUCCCUUCGCCACUCUCGUCCCUCUGCCCCCGCAGCCGCCGCCUCUCCUCUUUCGGCGGCGCCCGACGAGCCUUGCCGUAGCACGCGGCCAUGGCGAGCCCGGGACGGAUCGAGCUGGACAAGCUGAGCGUGGAGCAGCUGAAGGCGCUCAAGGAGCAGGCGGAUCUGGAGGUCAACCUCCUCCAGGACAGCCUCACCAAGAUCCGCACCGCCGCCACCCGCCUCGAGAACGCUGCCGCCGCGCUCCACGACCUCUCCCUCCGCCCCCAAGGGAAGAAGAUGCUCGUGCCGCUCACGGCGUCCCUCUACGUGCCCGGAUCGCUCGACGACGCCGAGAAGGUCCUCGUUGACGUCGGCACGGGUUACUUCAUCGAGAAAACUAUGGCUCAAGGAAAAGAAUACUGUGAAAGGAAGAUUAAUUUACUAAAGUCCAAUUUUGAUGAACUACUUGAGAUGGCUACGAAAAAGAAAACAGUAGCAGAUGAAAUGGGUAUGCUACUACAAGCCAAGCUGAGGCAAGCUUCUCCGGGUCCAAGUUCGUGAGAGGUGGAAGCGCUUCUUGUUUCCGCUUCGUUGGACGAUGGAUGGUCUAGUUUGUAGCGUUCGGCAAACAUAGGAAAUUGUUAGCUGCUUUGGUCAUAUGUGCGCAAGGGUGGUUAUGUUCACUGAGAUGAUCUGCCGAACCAAUCAACCUCAGCAAACAUCAAUAAUUUAAGUCUGUCUUGAACAUGCAGCGUGGAUUGCAUUAUUGAUAUCUUCUGUCGCACAAUGCUGCCAAUGUAUGAUCAUCACUUUUGUGUUUGUUGUAUCUGA